UGCAAUAUAUACCGCCUUCAUCUAUUUAACUCUUCAAUUAUUUCAUCGACUUGAAUAUUCGCGAAGAUGACGCUUGGCGAUUCAUCCUACAUCUAUAAAAGGAAAGACAUUGUCAGUUGCUUAUGAAACGCGCAAUUUCUUGUCGACGAUUCUCAUAUUUGAAAUACUCUAUACUCAGCGACGGAUUAAGGGCUCCCUCCUUUUUAUAUACAAGCCCCGGAUGUGGGUCCAUAUCGUGCUGCUUAACAAACGGUCCCCGAGCCAAGAGCGGGGAGGACGCGGCGAUUCAGUCGACGAGAAGACGCUGAGUCGUGAGGAUCAACAGGUGGGAACGAACGUCCGCUGCCGAAGAACAGCAUGGGGAACAUUUAUGUCUGCAGUCUGCUCGUCGUAUUCGCAGCACUUCUCAUCGCAGUACAAUGCGGCGACAUAAUGCGCAAGAGCAUCGUCUUCGACAAAAAUACUCCGGAUGUGUUUUACUGUCCGCAACACAAGCCGAUCGGUUUCGAGAAGAUGCUGGUCAAGGCCAGACCGCUCUCUAGGCUUUGCCAAUUCGAGGGUCGCCCGAUACCGGAGGAUUACAAGAGUGACUGUUAUAACGACGUGGACGAAACCGAGUACGCGUGCAAGGAAAAGUACAGAAUUAUGAUGAGGCUUCAUCCGCCGGGGAGCAACACGCCUUAUAACGGGACACGCCUGUUCAAGUUCUUGGCCUUCGACAAAGAUUUACCGUACGUGCGAAAGAAUCAGGUGUAGAGGAGAGCGGUCGCGCCACUUCAAGGACGACAAUAAAUUUAUGUCAAUGAAUAUAGCAAUUGAAAAUGUUUGCGUCGGAACAUUGUUACGUUAUCAAUUUUAUAUGUCGAGGAUGCAAAAAUAUGCCUUGUUCCUAAUCCCAUUAACGAGAAUUGCGUCCUAAUUUCAUAUAAUUGAUCGGGCCGGACCCGCUUGCUGAGCGCUUAUAUUCUUGUUCUCACUUAUUCCUGAGAUACUCUUGUGUUAAACGAUUUUAACAAUUUUAAGAAGAUUACUGGUAACUUUGACGACACGAUACAAGAAUAUUUUUUGAGAAUAUUACAACACUGAGACUGAAAAUCUCUUUUUUUAUCUAUUUUUAUAGACUCAUCAAUUUAGUGUGAG